AUGAGGUAUGGGACACUCAGUGAGGAGGUGUAUGGCUGUGUGGGGCGAGAAGGGCUGGAGUGGAGCUUGGUGUGUGAUGGCCUGUGGUGUAUGGAGGUUGGCGAGGGAGAAGGCUUGGGCGAGAGGGGACUUGCAAGCAGUGUGUUUGGCGUGAGGGAGAGCUCGGGUCUGUGUAUGUGUGGCGGCUGGUGCGAGAGCUGGCGAGAGGGCAAGAGAGAGCUACGGGUUGUGAGGUUUAAGGGUGCUGGAGUGGGGAAGUGGGGGCGAAAGGGAGAGAGCAAGCGUAGAGGUUUGAGGGGUGAGCGAUGGCUGGCUUCCGGGUAG